AUGAACUCAGGACCUGGAUCUGGAUCAUCUGCCCCGGGCGGGAACGAUCCUCGCAAGCCCGGCCCAAACAGACCCCCUGGAGCCAAUGAUGGCGGCGAUGGCUCCUCAAAGGAGAAUGCAACAUGGGUUGCUGGCACACCCGAAGAGGUGAGGAAAGGGCGCCACUACAUUGUGAACCGCAUGGGCACGUGGGUGCGAUGCAGCUUUAACCACGCACUCAUGGACAGCACCGCUGGCUUUCCCGUAUAUGCCUCCUGGAACGGUCGCCGCGUGCGCUUCCGGUGGAAUGGGCCUGGGCCAGCGCAGUACCAAGCCUUUGAGUACCAGAACUGGCAGAUUGUCCAGGAAGAAGAGGAUCGCAUCGCUAGGCAUGAGCCACUGGCCAGUGAGAACCUAGCAGAGGAGGCUGAGGCCGAAUUCGAAGCCGAUGGCGAUACGGUGUUUGACUCUGUUCAGCAAAUGCCCUCGACGCCUCCAACCAGUUCAUACGGUAAUGUCUUUUCUUCUUCAUUGUCUGGUGGCCGCGGUCGGACCAAUACUUCAACGCCUCGUGGUCCCAGUUCCGGUAACCAGCCGCAAUCCGGUAGCACUACUAUAACCCCUCGAGGCGGCGGCUCAGGCAGCUCCGGAAGACCUCAUGCAGGUCGCGAAUAUCCGACGUCACCUUCGGCGGGCAAAGGGAAAGGCAAGGGGCCAGCGCGAGCCCCGGACAGUGGGUCACCGGGAGCUGGAGCGGCUUAG